CGUUUUUACCUCGCUGGUUUCCAAAAUUCUCUCCCCAUUUUCAAAUUUUCCCGAAAGUGAGCGCUCGCGUAAAGGUUUGAAUUGAAAUCGGAGAGCGAACGAAGAGAUGGAGGAGUACCUGCAGUACAUGAAGACUCUCCGGUCUCAAAUGACUGAUGUGGAGGAUCACGCGGCGAAGGUCUCCGUCGAGGAACAGAUGCAAAUUACCACAAUCAAUACCUUGGAGAAAGAUCUCGAUCAUGCAUUGUCUGAGACGAAGAGGCUAAAAGAAGAGACUGAUCAGAAAACGAGGACGAAAGGCGAAAUAUGCUCACAUAUACUUCAAAAGCAGAGAAAAAUUUCGUCAUUGGAAUCUGAUUCAGCAAAUCUUGCACAGAGCCUGAAGCUUAUUCUACAAGAACGAGACAGUUUGUCAGCCAAACUUGUAUCGAAAAGUUCUAACUAUGUAAAGACGGCAGAAGAAGCUAGAACCAAACUAGAGGAGCAAAAGGGCUGGUUUGUUUCCCAUAUGAGCAAUGAAACUGGUCAACAAGGACAGAAAGAAGAAACAAGGAAACAACUAAUGGAACUAUCCGAUUCUGUUAGAGCAAAGCUUGAUCAAGCAAAACAGAUGAGAAUCAACCUUAUAGAGGAAAACUCGAAGAUCAAGCUAUCAAUUGAGCAUGUGAAGCACAAGAUUAAUGAGUUUAAGCCAGAGUUAAUGUCAGUGGAUAUAAAGAUUCUAGAAGAGGAAUACACAGCACUCUUGUCAGAUGAAUCAGGAGAGGCAGAGUAUUUACAUUCGCUGCAGAGUCAGGCUGAGAAGCUGAAGGGAAUUUCUUUCAUUACUAAAUGUGGUUGUGGAGAGGAAUACAGUGUUGGUCUCUGAACCAAAAAGUAGCUUUAUGUGCUACUUCUUUAGCAGGCUGCAGUUUUUUUCUAAUCUUUUACAGUUUACAGAUUAUGUUAUGUAAGUCUCACUAUAAGCAUGAGAAGAGCGUUCUUUGUACUGUGUAAAGUAUCAAAAACAAAUGUAUCAGAACAAACCAGUUCUGGCGGUUUAUUCUUUCUUAUUCUGCGAGAAAGUAUAAGAAAAGAUAGUUUUACAAUUUUCACCAGCUUAACGGAAACUGAUA